AGUAAAACUAUGCUGUCCUUUGAAGACCUGAUGACAAGUCUGCAAGACUGUGUCAUCACCGAGGACCAAGCAGCUUCAAAUGUCAGCCAGACACUCAGGCUCUUCAUUGAUAAACUCUCUGAAUCCUCCAGGAGUAGUGUGAAAAGAUGCAAGGAGCGCUGUUUAGAGGAGGCUGUGCAGCUGCUCAGACAAAUUCCAGAGGCACAGCUUCAGGUUGUAGAAGAGGACCACCUCCUGCUCCUUGUCAGACUCCUCAUCUCCAUGCAGCUGAAGACGGUCAGCAUCUCAACAGCCUGUCGUAAAGUGGACCAGAUGUUGCAACUUUUGGCAAAGGUGGACCACCAAUUGGUUUAUAGAGAAACCCAUCACUGUUUGCUCUCUAUAGUCCACAAUGAGCAGAUCUUUUCUUUGGAGGAUCUGCAGAGAGCCUGUAUGUUCCUGGAAGACAGCUCUGUUGGUCGUGAGGUGUGGCGAGAGUCGCACCUGUCCUUGCUGAAUAAAGUGUCAGAGUUGUUCCCUGUUGUAUUGCAACAAGAAUCCCUCAGAGAUGGACCGCUGUGUUACAUUGCCGUCAAAGUGUGUUUGCAGAUAUUUCAGCUGUUGUCCAGCGAAGUGGCUCCUCUAGUGUGGGACAAGGAGCACAGGGGUGCGGCAGUGCAGACGAUCCUGCAGGCUCUUAUGGACAUAAUACUCGGACAAUGCUGCAACAGGGACACUCGCCUUCUGGCAGGUACUGCUGUGGCCAUGCUGAUCAACACAGCGCCAGAGAGCAGAGCUGGAGAAGCUGCUGCCUGGAGUCUGCUACAGGUCUCUCACUCAGAGCCCUGGCUGCUGACUGUUGGUGCUCUCCAGGUGCAGUGCAGCCCUGCAGGGAAGGACGGCGUGGACAGGCUGACUGUGAGCAGGGGCCUCCUGACCUGCUGUCGACCUCACAUCUUGCUCAGUUCACAUGUGGAUGCCACGGAAAUGUGUUUCCUGCUGAAAGGUUUGUUUCCUCUGGUCUAUGCUUUGUGCGAGGAGAAGUUGGAUUGUCACUACUUUGCCUUUGAAGUGUUAACACUGUGGCUGAGGAAAGUGAAAGAAUGUCUGGCUGAUAUCUGGAAGAUGACAGGCGUUCGCCUUCUGCCCGACGACAGCAGCCUGCAGCAAGAGCUCAUUCACAUUAUCUGGACCAAUGCAGAGAGCCCAGUGGAGGGUGUGUCAGAACUUGUGCGCAGUGCCUUUUGUCUGCUGCUGGACCUCUAUGAGAUGGACUGUGAGCAGUUUUGUGACACAAGGAAGCCUCUUUAUUUCACUCUGCUUCAGAGAAUAAUCAAACUUCCUUGGGAAGCCAAAGCCAAAUAUCACCGCCUUUGUGCCCUGCUGCCGUAUCUGGGUACUGACAUGGUGCUGGAUCAGUAUGCUGAAAUACCCAAUCAUCUCCUGAAGUGCUUGUCAACCAAUCACCUGUCACCAUGUGGGUCAGAGCUUUACAGGUGUCUGAUCCAGCAGCAGAGGCGAGAGCUAUGUGACGGCUCACAAAAGCCUGCUUCGCACACCGAGCUGGAUCUGGCCAAUCAGUGGGCGAGGUGUUGGCGUCCCGUCCUUCAUGAGGCGCUGACGUCUGAUGUGACUCUUCUACAGAACAACAGCUCAAUACACUUAUUACCCUGCACCUUUCAAGUCUUCCCCUCUGCUGUGGUUCCUCUGCUGGCCUCUCUGGACCCGUUCGCUCUCGGCCACCUCCACGCCUGGGCCUGCGUCGUGAGCUCCUAUCGAGCUGUUACUGGAGGCUCUCCCUGGGAGCUGCAGGGGAGCUCAACCCUUGAAACCCUCCAGCUAGCUCUGGGAUCCGCAGAUGACAAAGUCCGCCUUGCCGCUCUCAACCUUCUCUGCUGCAGCCCAAAGACCAAAGACACUCCAACCAUAGAGGAGAUGUCAAUAAUGAGGACGUUUAUUCCUCAGAACCUAAACUGUGAGUCCUCGCCUUUUCGGCAGCAUCUUCAGGCCGGCGUGAAGAGGUUUCUGGUUCGUAUCAGAGACGGCUGCUUGGCACAUGUCAGAGGACAGAAGGGCAAAAAGAAAGGAGGAGCCACCUGUUCGGAGACGGCACAGGACACACUGGAGCAGGGGAUAGGGUUUGUGGAAUGGUUGGGUCAGCUUCCGUACAGCUACCUCGCACCGGGACACAGUUAUCAGAGGAAGAAGACUGCGUUACUGUUGCUGUCUGCAGUGCUGGAGACCUGCACAGACACCUGGAGCCCAGAAAAAAAGAAAGGACAACCUCCAGCAAAUAUGGGCUGUCUUAUUACCUGUGCCAGACAACGAGGGCAGUGGGAUUUCAUCUGCAGGACAAAACAGCUGGUCCUCAUCAGCUGUUUAGAAGAUUCCACAAAUGAGAUCCGGGAGCUUUCAGCUGGGUUAUUAUUGAGAUUUUUUCCACCCAGUUUUCCAGACGAUAUCGCCGCGGUGCUGCUUAGCCGAACCAAACAGCACCUGUGCAGCCCUCGGGUGCAGGAGGCUCAGAUGGGAGCACUGAUGAUGAAGGUCCUCCUUCAGAAAUCACAAGACCAGCCAGAGGACUGCAGGCUGAACAGUCACAUUGCUGUCAGCAGUGGAAGUAACUCCAAGGCCUCCUGCAUGGUCAGAUUCCUGGUGAAGGAGCUGGAGGAGCACUAUCUGACAGCAAAGGCUGACAUGAUGCUCGCUGCCAGAACCAAGCCGAUACACGGUGUUCUAAGCGCCCUUCAGAGGUGUUUGCUUGAGUCACCCAGCAGUGUGUACGACACGCUCGAGCACAGUCUGACCACUGAGGUGCUAAGCCUGCUGGAGAGCAUCUCUCUGCUGCUGCUGGGCGUUCUGUAUGGAGACCCGGAUGCUUGUGCCACUGAGAAGGAUGCUCCCCCUUCUUUUUGUGAUAUGGGAAACGCCAUCAGCUCUCUAAUAGCCGAAGCGUCUGGAGGCGGUGAGGAGGAGGAGGGUGUCCUGCUGUCUGAGGAGCACAGCCUCGUUCUCACCUGCUGCUGGGUCUCCCUUAAGGAAAUAGGGAUCUUUUUAGGUUCUCUGGUGGAGAAAAUUCUCACUGAGUCCAAACCCAGCAAUUGCCUUCUAACAAAAGAGGAUCUAAUGACAGCAUCAAAAGUAUUCAAGAAUAUUCUUCUCAAAUGUCGUCACUGGGGGGCAGUAGAGGGAUGCUGUCUAGGCUUCACCAAGUUCUGUGCCUCCCUGUUGAGCAGCAGUGAUUCAGAGUUUAGGGAUAUUCCUGUCCACAUGCUUAAACAAGGAUUGCAGGUUGUGCAGUCCCCUCGUUCCACAUCUGUGACCCGGCGGGCUGCUGGCUUGCCCAUGCUCAUCCUGUGCGUCGUGUCUGCAGGGGAGGCCAGUAAAACAAAACAACUGUUAGCCCACAGUAUGCAAACCUUACUGGAGACAGCCAGAACCCCUCUGCCUGAGGACUGGGACCAAACACUGGACCUGCCGCAGGUGUGUGCGGUUCACACUCUGCAGGCCCUGGUGCGUGGUUCGGGUCUGGGAGUAGCUGUCCUUCAGUUUGCUCCUGCUGUAGCCAUCUUAUCGCUCACUCUGCUCAGUUCUCCCUGCUGGGCCAUGAGGAACGCUGCUCUGCAGCUUUAUAGUUCUCUGUGCUCUCGAAUGCUCGGCCAGCGGCCCAGCAGUGAAGAGGGUGGCCCCACCCAGCAUGGCAUGUCCCCCCUUGCCUUCUUUUUCCACUACCCUGCGCUCCAACCCUUCCUCCUGGGUGAGCUGAGAGGAGCAGCACAAGACCUCCAGGGUCCAUCCAGUGAGGCCAAGCUACACCUCCAACCGUCGCUCUACCCCGUCCUCACUCUGUUAGCUCAACUCCAGCCUGGCGUCCACGAUUCAACGGAAACUUUGUCAGACUUCCUGCCUCCUUUACUUCAGCUGUCUGCCAGUCCUGUUUACAGUGUAAGAGUGAUGGCCUCAAAGGCUUUGGUUGCCAUGACUCCCCCCUCAGAGUACAUGAACAUCCUCCUCAAACUGACGGGUCAACUGCCCAGUCCGCAGGAGCGCUGCUGUCACAACCGGCUCCACGGACAGCUCCUGCAGAUCAAAGCUGUUCUGGAGAGAGCUCUCUGCACAGCCAGCGCCCCUUCAGCUGGCCUGUGUGACGUGCUGAGCAGGGUGGAGGCCUCGCUGUGGCUGGCGACUGAGGCUCAACGCUGCCCCCUAGUGAGAGCGGCCUACCUCGGAGUGGCAGACUCACUGAGACGGUUGUGCUGUGAGACCUACCUGUCAGAGCUCAGUGAUUCACUCAUGCAUGACCUCCAGAAACCUCAACAGGCACUUGAGGUUGGCGUGUCAUCAUUCCACCAACAGGCCAUCCACUUUCUAUGUGCAGAUCUAACGUGCGCACGUCGAAUCUGGGACAGCUUCUCUGCACUGAGCCCCGAUCUGAGGCUCUCACUAGUCUCAUGGGUGGUGGAUGGGUGGGGUUCGCAGCAGACCAGCUUGAGAGAGGUGAUCCAGAGGGUGUUGCAGACAAACCUGAGGGAGGCGCUGUUGAGCCACAGUGUGGAGUACCGCAGGACCUACCUCGCAGCCCUGGCAGCAGUGAUGGCUGGCAGUGAUUCUACUUUAUCCCAACAUCUUCCUCAGUCGGCCCCACUGGAGGAGCCAGUUCUGUCUGAGUGUCUGGAUUUGUUGCUGGGAGACCUGGAGGACCAGCGAUGCGGGCCAGAGUUUCUCUCCCAGGCUCUGUAUGCUGCUAGUCUGCUGCUCUCCCGGUGGCCAGAGUCCAGUCUAAAGACGUCCAUGCUCCAGCGCUGGUGUAGCGUCUUGGAGUGCCAACGGUCCCCAGACGCCCCUGAAGUGCUCAGGAUGGCGUGUGCUGAAGCUCUGUGUGUGGCUGGAGUUCCACUUCCACACAGCACUGCCAUCAUGAGCAGGUUGAUCAGCACAGGCCUGUACCUGCUGCAGGACCAAAGCCAGCAGGUGAGGAUGCGGGCGGCCUGUUUUCCCUCCAUGCUGCACCAUGCGAGAAGAGGAGAAAGCCAGAGCAGCGUCUACCUCAUGCAGGUCAACCAGGCUCUGCCGCUCCUAUUGGACCUGCUGCUGGAGGAAUGCUGGGACACCCCUGGCACACUGGAGUUGCUGCUGUGUAACCUGCCUCAGCCUGACCUCAGACCUGUGCUGAGAGAGGCCUCAGAGGCAGGGUGUUCCAGUCUGUAUGAGCAGGAUGAGGCCAAUGUGUUUGCAGAGCCUUCUGUGAUGACUGCACAUGUGCUGCCGUACCUGCUGCAGAUGGCUGAAAGAUACUCUGAAUCCUCUGCUUUGGCACAGAGCCUGAGUGCAUGGGCAGAGGACAGUGCUGCUCAGGUGCAAGACAGCCUUGCAGUCUGCAAAGAGCUCCUGCCAGCUGCGACAUUGACCCCGGCCUGGCUGGCUCUCCUCGUGGACCCCCGUCUCCACAGUACCCUGUGUGGCCUGUUCACCAGAGCUGCCUUUCUCCUCUGGCUUUUGAAAACAUCUGAUGAUGUACGACACCUUUGUGAUCCUUCAUCCCUGCACGUGAGCUUACGGGAAGUUUGUAGUCUGCUCAGUCAGAACGGUGUCCACUUUCCCUCCACUUUAGCAGCUGCUGUGGCUGGACAGCUGCCAGCAUGACAGGACGGAAGGUCUUUUUCUGUGUGCUCGAUGGGAAAAGCCUUUCGGCCGAUGAGACCCAGGAUGAAAUUACCUGUGGAUAUUUCAGGAAUGCUUAUGCCAUCUGAAUGUGCAGCAUUAGUGAAUGAGUGUUGCAACUGCUGAUGCUGCAGUAGACCAGCGCUUGGCACGCUGACUAAGUUAUGUAAGAGCUCAGUGGCUCCAGUCUGUUGCAUUCAUCAUCAUGUUACCUGUAUGCAGAGGAGACCUGCUAGGCAUUAGGUGCCAUAUGCACAUGAGGGGGCAUAACAGUUGUUCCUAGAGGCCUAGUUUUUCCACAGUGCUUUUAUAUAUUUUAAGUGUUUAUAUCAUUAUUUUUUCUGGACUUUUAUUUUAUCUUUGGAGAAAAGCUUUUUAUGCAGAGGGAGAAUAGCCCCAGGUCUGUUUUUUAUGAUCACUGUCACCCCUGGAGCAACAGUCUUAUUUCCAGAGCAGUGCUCCGGUUUGUUUGUUAUGUCUCAGCAGCAGCAGUAGCAGAGCGCAGACUGAUGCAGUGAUGUAAUGCACCAGCAUCAGGAAAAAUUGGCUGCUUGGUGCCCAGCGGGGGAAUAUAGGGUACACUUUAAUGCUCCAUUAGAGGCCUUCUGCCUAGAUAAGUGUCCAUUUUCCAACCACAUGAGGGCUGAAGAUGAGUGACUGGAUCUGAUAGAGAGCCAUCAGUUGCUCCGCAACGGACCGCACACUAGAGCAGUCUUACAUCAUCAGAUAGCCCACUGCUCUUGUUCGAGAUGGGCAGCUCUCAGUGGUUGACAAACACCAACACGAAAGAGUUUGUGCAUGCUCUGACUGGCCAUGUUAGGCCAUUACUGAAAUGUAAAUGGAGGUUUUUAUUGUUGAAUCUUCACUGCCUUUAUUUCCUUUUGAUACGAUGCUGUCAGAGUUGAUUCAAUUCUCAGGAUCUAAACAAUCAAUUUAUCAGCAUCAACAACAUGACUGCUGUUCUGUAUGUACAUAUGGUAUGGUCUAUUCCAGUUAAGGUUUCGAUUGUGUGUCUAGAUUAUGCAACAGCUGUGACAUCAAGCUUGCCUCAGUGAUUCAUACAUAAAGCUCAUGCAAUGUAUUCUCCAUGACCCAUGCCAAAAUGAACACCUGGUGUGCAGAGUUUUAUGAGAUUAGCAUGUGCCUCAGGAAGCCAAGAAAGCUGCAGGUGGUUGUUGUCAUUUUCCUGACGCAUUCUGUGGCAGAACAUGACGCACUGAACAAGGUCACGCAAGAUAAUGAAAGUUAGAGGGCGACACUGUGACAUCAACAUUUUUUAGCAAACCUUGAAUCAUCAAGAAGUCUGGCAGAGCUUGAAUUGCGCCACGUGUACGGCACCUACAGCGUGACACAGUGUGUCAUUGAUGGAAAAUGUCGUAGAUUCACAAGUAAUUUGAGACGAGGCUUCAUAGCACUCAGACCCUUUGAAAUCCAAAUGGGGGCUUGAACUUCGCUCUACUUCAAGAUGAGGGCAAGAAAAGCGUGGCAGGAUUGCGACAGCUGGUCAAUAUGUCUGAAAACAAAUGCGUAAUUUUUGACUGUUAAUUCAUCUAUCAGACUCUGCUUGUGUGCAACAUCGUGUCAUUUGCCUCCUGCCUCAACCUUGAAACAGUCUGAGGAGUGUAAAAACAGGGUUGGAAGUUUCCUCAAGGCAAAGUGUGCAGAAAACUAGAAAACAACCAUCUGCCUUUGUAAAUGCCUUUGCUAUUGUUACUGAGGGCUAUAAGCCUGCCUCCUACUAAGGAAAUGAUUAACUAUGGUAACAGGGAACAAGGCCAAGUAGGUACAACCACUUUCACUGGGUGUGUGUGUGUGUGUGUAUGCAUACAGUCUUGUACAGUCUCAUCUGGGGCAUGAGCAUUCAGUGUUUUUCCACUGAAGGAGUCCGUGGAUCUUAGCUCCUCAGGUUCAAAAAUGGCAAGAGUUAAAUGUUUUUUAAUCUACAAAUGAAAUUACAGUUAUAAUGAAUGCAUUUGUUUUUGAAAGAAGACAUUGUGCAUUUAGAUUUUUAAAUGGAAUUGUUUAUGCUGAAUGUAAUAAAGUGAACCAUUGAGGUUGA